AUGGUUUUCAAGUCUGGACUUAUCGCGGCUGCCCUGGCGGCAUCCGUCAUGGCAUCGCCUAUGAGGGCCGACGACGUUAUGAAGCGUGCCUCCAGCUGCACCUUCUCUGGCUCCAGCGGUGCUGCUGACGCCAUGAAGCAGCAGGCUUCUUGCUCCACCAUCACCCUCAAGGACGUCGCCGUCCCUGCGGGAACCACCCUGGACCUCACCAAGCUGAAGGACAACACCAAGGUCAUCUUCGAGGGCGAGACCACCUUCGGCUACAAGGAGUGGAAGGGUCCCCUUCUGUCCAUCGCCGGCACUGGCAUCACCGUCGAGGGUGCCUCCGGCGCUACGCUGAACGGCCUCGGUGAGAAGUACUGGGACACCAAGGGCUCCAACGGCGGCAAGACCAAGCCCAAGUUCUUCGCUGCCCACAAGCUGUUUGACUCUCACAUCAACAACAUCCACAUCGUGAACUCCCCCGUCCAGGUGGUCUCCAUCAACGGCUGUGACGGCCUCACCAUCAACCAGAUGACCAUCGACAACUCUGCCGGUGACUCCAAGGGCGGCCACAACACCGAUGGCUUCGACAUUGGCUCCUCCAACGAUAUCCACAUCAACGGCGCCAAGGUCUACAACCAGGACGACUGUGUUGCCAUCAACUCUGGCACCAACAUCAAGUUCGACUCUGGUCUCUGCUCCGGCGGCCACGGUCUCUCCAUCGGCUCUGUGGGCGGCAGAGACGACAACACCGUCACGGGCGUGACCUUCUCCAAGAGCACGGUCAAGAACUCGGACAACGGUAUCCGCAUCAAGGCCAAGAAGAACACCUCCGGCAAGAUCGCCGACAUCACCUACGAGGACAUCACCCUCGACAACAUCGCCAAGUACGGCGUCCUGAUCGAGCAGAACUACGACGGCGGCGACCUGCACGGCGACCCCACCAGCGGCCUGCCCAUCACCGACGUCACCGUCAACGGCCUGCACGGCGACGGCGCCGUCGCCUCCAAGGGCCACAACCUGGCCAUCGUCUGCGGCUCCGGCGCCUGCUCCAACUGGACCUGGAAGGACGUCUCCGUGUCCGGCGGCAAGAAGUACGACUCUUGCCAGAACGUCCCUAGCGUUGCCUCUUGCUAA